GGCGGCGAUGCGGACCGCAGUCUCGUUCGGCGUGCGUUCGUCGUCGGUUGGAGUUGGUGUGCGCGCGCGCACGCGGGUGUACAGGUGCGAGAAAGAGUGGAGACCAGAAAGCGGAGAACUCGCCGUUCCGAAGAGGAGAGCUCGAUUGAUUCCUCAGCGUGAGCGACGGACGAAAACGAACUCGAAAAGGUGGACCGAGCACCAGGAUGCUGAGUGCAUGAAAGGAAGGAGCCGAAAAGGACACGGAAAAUGCGACCGCGGCACAUCGUAGCAGUCCUGGCCACCCUGUUGGCGGUUAGUCAGGGUGUCCCGCAGGAUUACAGAAGACGACAAAACUACGAGGAGCAUCCACGCGAGGCCUACUUCAACGGCUCGGCGUUCCUGAAGCUGGACUCCUUCGUGUCCGUGCACCGUCAUAGCGGGCUUAGCUUUCGUACGUGCGACUCCGGCCGCUUGUUCCAGCAAAAGUACAACGAUGACUCGGUCAGCCUCGAAGUGACGUCCGAGGGCCUACUUUUCGUGGCCGUGGUCGAUCAGCAAAGGUACAGGGCCAGGCUGAACGCUAGGUUGCUGAAUAACGCCUGGCACAGUGUCAACUUGUUCUUCAGGCUUGGUAAUCUCACCCUGAACGCCGCCGGGCACACCCAGGUGAUUGCAAAUGCGACCUACAACUCCGCGAUCUUGACGCUUCCCGACUACUACGCCAACAGUUCGCUCAUAGUCGGUGAAGGAUUCAAGGGAUGCAUUCUGCAGGGACCCGGGGUCCUCUUCAAUGAAAGCAUCAACAAUGGAGCCGUUUUCGGGCCUUGUCCGAUGGACACCAAAGGAUGUGGCGUAAGCGGCCCCGCAGGUGGCACGGGAUCAGCCGCCGGCGCCGUCGUCACGGCCUCCACCAUGGAUUUCUGCCAUCACGAGCCAUGCAUGAUGCAUGGUAAAUGCGUGUCGCGGCAGGACCGCUACGAGUGCCACUGUUACGCCCGGUACUCCGGCAACAACUGCCAGAUUGACAACGGCUCACCAUGUCAAAGCGCACCGUGUCGCAACGGUGGCAGUUGCAGCGAGGACGCACGCGGCGACUUCGGCUGCAGCUGCAAGCCCGGCUUCACCGGUAGCCUCUGUGAAUCUCAGCUAGGAGUGCGGUUCUGCGAGCAGAAUCCGUGCCGCAACGACGGCGUUUGCUUAGCGUUAACCGACAACGAAUACCGGUGCGAAUGCCAACCCGGGUGGACCGGAAAGAACUGCGAAACGAAUAUCAACGAAUGUAUCUCGAAUCCUUGCAAGAACGAUGGUAUCUGCAUCGACGGGAUCAACAAUUACACCUGCAGAUGCGACCGGACCGGCUAUGAGGGCGCGAACUGCGAGGUCGACAUCGACGAGUGCGUCGCGAAUCCGUGUCUGAACAACGGCGUGUGCUACGACUAUUACGGUACCUACAUCUGCCACUGCCCUACCGGCUUCGAGGGUCAAAAUUGCGAGUUGAAUCUAAACGAGUGUUUGUCCGGACCUUGUGUCAACGGUGGUGAGUGCGUCGAUGACGUGGGCACCUACCACUGCGAGUGUCCUUCCGGAUUCUCCGGUCGUCACUGUGAACUGAGGGGUCUCUGCGAAAACGCGUCCUGCCCGCUCAACAGCAUCUGCGUGGAGGACGCUCACGGGCCCCAGUGCGUUUGUAAUCCCGGUUUCAUGGGUAAUCCGCCCAAUUGCACGGUCAACUAUUGCGCCAGCAAUCCUUGCGCCAACGGCGGGACUUGCGCCAGCGGCAAGGAUGGUUUCAAUUGCACCUGUCCGCCAGAAUGGAAAGGGGCCACGUGCUCGUCCUCGGCCUCAGACUGGUGCAAUGCGUGCUACAACGGCGGCACUUGCUUGGAGACCAUCUACGGCAUCAUGUGCCAGUGUCCCAGGUUCUGGAGCGGGUCUCAUUGCGAGAUGUCGGUCACCUGCGAUGAUCUUCCCUGCAAGCAGGCGUCCGCGUGUCACGAUUAUCCUGGCGGCUAUUAUUGCACCUGCGAGCCAGGAUGGACCGGGCCCGAGUGCUCCAUCGACAUGGACGAGUGUGCCAGCGAUCCCUGUCGUAACGGCGGCAUCUGCAUCGAUCAGCUCAACAGCUAUUAUUGCGAGUGCCUGCCAGGAUAUACCGGAAAGAACUGUCAGAUCAACGUGGACGAGUGCUUGUCGCAACCGUGCCAGAACGGCGGUAUUUGCAUCGACCGCGUCAACGGGUAUAGCUGCAACUGCACUCGGGAUUUCAUGGGCGAUAAUUGUGAACGGGAAUAUGACGCGUGUGCCAUAAAUCCUUGUCAGAACAAUGGCACCUGUACGUUGAUGCCGAGGUCGAGGCGGGAAUUCGUUUGCGAAUGUCCACAUGGCUUCGAGGGCAAGGUGUGCGACGUAAAUAUCGACGAUUGUGUAGGCGUGGUGUGUCCAGAUGAUAAGAUCUGCGUUGACGGCGUUGCCGGCUACGAGUGCAAAUGCCGGGAGGGCUACAGGGAUCCAAACUGUACGCUCAUCAUUGAUCAUUGCGCGACGAAACCGUGCAAUAACGGCACGUGCAUCGACCUCGGAGAACACGGCUUCGAGUGCAAAUGCAAGGGCGGUUUCCAAGGUCAGUACUGCGACAUCGACGUGAACGAGUGCGAGCUGCACGGCAACUCGCUCUGCAACAACGGCAUCUGCGUCAACACCGAGGGCAGCUACAACUGCUUCUGCCGGCCAGGUUUCUCCGGUGAUCACUGCGACAUCGACAUCGACGAGUGCCUGUGCGGCCCGUGCAAGAACAACGCCACGUGCAUCGACGGCAUCAACACGUUCGAGUGCCAAUGCCUGGCCGGCUACACCGGCAAGACUUGCGAGGUAGACGUGAACGAGUGCGACAGCAACCCCUGCAUGAACGGGGCGCGGUGCGUGAACGGCGUGGCGUCAUACGCGUGCGUGUGCCCGGCCGGCUUUCUUGGCGCUAACUGCGAGAUCGACAUCGACGAGUGCGAGUCGGCACCCUGCAUGAAUCUGGGAAAGUGCAUUGACGGCGUCAACGGUUACACCUGCGACUGCAGCGAUACCGGCUUCGAGGGCUCGCGUUGUGAGAAGAACAUCGACGAGUGUUUGUCGCAACCGUGCGUGAACGGCGGACUCUGUUUGGACGAUGUCAAGAACUACAAGUGUCAGUGCUACGUCGGCUACACCGGCAGAAACUGCGAGGUGGACGUGAACGAGUGCGAAAGCUCUCCCUGUCAGUACAAUGGUACUUGCCUUGAGCGUUCGAAUAGGGAACUGUACAAGAGCGAAGCCGUGAAUUUACCCGCGAUCUUUACCCAGGAAUUUAAUUACGCUAACGCCAGCGGAUACGAAUGCCUCUGCGUGCAAGGCGUUACCGGCAAAAAUUGCGAGGUGAACAUCAACGAGUGCGACAGUAAUCCUUGCGGACCGGGCACCUGCAUGGAUCGUAUCGGCGGUUACACCUGCGAAUGCAACGAGGGUUAUGAAGGCGAUCACUGCCAGCAUGAGAUCGACGAGUGCAAAAGAUACAACCCCUGCGAACACGGGGCAUGCACCGACGGCAGGGCGGACUACUUUUGUACCUGCGAGCCGGAAUACGGUGGCAAAAACUGUUCGGUGAGACUGAUCGGCUGCCAGGGUAACGCCUGCCAGAACGGCGGUACCUGUUGGCCCUAUCUGGUUGACGAGACAAUUCACAAGUUCAACUGCACUUGUCCCAACGGCUACCACGGUGAAGUUUGUGAUCACGUGACGACAAUGUCUCUGAGUGGCAGCUCGUACGUCCUGGUGAACACUACGCGCGACGAGGGCUACGACAUCCAGUUCCGCUUCAGAACAACGUUGCCAAAUGGUCUGCUAGCCAUCGGCAAAGGCGUGACCAUCUACAUUCUUCAGCUGGUGAACGGCAAGCUCAACAUACACUCGAGUAUACUCAAUAAGUGGGACGGAGUCUUUGUUGGCAGCGGUUUAAACGACUCCAAGUGGCAAAAGGCCUUCGUUGCCAUCAAUGCCACUCAUCUUGUUCUCUCGGCCAACGAGGAGCAGACUAUCUAUCCAAUCAGCCCCAACGAAGGCUCCAACUCAUCGAAUCACACGUCCUUCCCCACAACCUAUGUAGGCGGCAGCCACAUCAGCUCUUUGAGUUUCUUGAGAAGAUUGUCCCGCCUACCCUCCUUCACUUUCUUCGUUGGCUGCAUGGAGGACGUCGUUAUCAAUGGCGAAUGGGUUUAUUCCGGUACCACGUCGAAAACUGUGUACAUGGAGGAUGUAGAACCGGGCUGUCCUCGUGAGGCACAGUGCUCGCCAAAUCCCUGCAGGAACGGCGGCCACUGCACCGACCGCUGGCGCGAUUUCUACUGCAAAUGCGAGCGUCCCUAUCUCGGUCACACCUGUCAAUACAACAUGACCGCCGCCACUUUCAGUUACGAGAACAUCACAAAUGGCUACGUAACCGUAAGAGUCAGCGAUGCGGCCAGACGGACCGUCAGCUCGGUCGCCGACAUUUCUAUGUUCAUUCGCACACGGGAAAGCCGCGGUGACAUCUUCUAUUUGGGCACGGAACCGGAUCCGCAGGGCGAUCCGAAGGAGAAGACGUACAUAGCGGCGCAGUUGGAAGGUGGAGAACUGCUCGUGAGGAUUCAAUUCAACGGCACGGAGGCCUAUACCGUUGGUGGCGUGAAACUUAACGAUGGAAACAACCAUUUGAUCCAAGUGGCGAGGAACGUCACUCUCGUUCAAGUGAAAAUCAACGGCACCGAGUACUUCCGCAAGACCAUUAGCGCCACUGGUGAUUUGAACGUGACGAUUCUCUAUCUGGGAGGCCUACCACAAGCAUCGCGAUAUAUCCGUCAAGUCGAUAGCAGGCAGAUGGAGGUGCACCAGUCACCGCAAGUGAAUUUCAAAGGCGUCAUUCAGGAUGUGCAGAUAUCAAACGGCACGAGAACCAUGGUCGUAGAAUUCUUUCCGCUGAAAGCACACGACAUUCCCACGCUGAUCCAAUUCGGCAACGUUUCCUUCGACCACGAGAAAGUCCUCGAGGGCGUGGUAUCGGACGACGUGUGCGUGAGUAGCCCGUGCAAUCAUAAUGGCACAUGCCACGUGACGUGGAAUGACUUCCGGUGCCAGUGCCCGCGCGGCUAUACCGGCAAAACCUGUCAAGAAAUGGAGUUCUGUCAGCUGCAGGACUGCCCGAGCGGCUCGCGCUGUCAGAAUCUCGACGAUGGCUACGAGUGCAUUGCCAACGCGACUUUCGACGGUGUCUCCACGGCGUUUACGUACGUGUACGACCGCACCGACGGCACCGCGAAUGCCAGCGACUCGGCUCUGGACACCAUCGAGAUCACCUAUCGAUCCAACACCGGUGGCACGCUGCUCCACAUGGCGCCCCACGUGGGCGACCAACACUUCACCGUGUCCGUUUUGAAGGAUACCAUCACUGUGUCCUGGAGACUCGAUCUGGAGAACGAGGACCUCGUUACCUUCAGCAAGGCUCAACCUGACGGGAACUGGACCUCGUUGCUCAUCAGGCUGAACAAUAAUUCGGUGGAGUGCGGUUUCACCAAUCCUACCGAGGAAUCGUUCCGCGUGAGCUCGAAUUUCAACUUCCGCCUGUGGUACGACCUCCUGGUAACGGGAACGGUCACUCUGGGCGGACUAUCCAGCGUCUUGUCUGAUAGGCACAGUUACGUUACUGUCGGAUCCAAACAAGAGAGAAGAAACGGAAUCGAGGGGAACAGCGUGGAUUAUAAUGAGCACAGACUGACGACCGCCGUACCGCCGCAUAGCAUGAUGUCAGGAGAGCCCUUCAAAGGCUGUUUGGGCGAGGUGCGUAUCGGCAGCAUGCUGCUACAUUACUUUACGUACGAGGAAGUCUACCAGAACGCGAAUUUCACUCCGUUGGAGUUCCUGGCGUUGCAAGGCAAAGAUAAUGCUACACAUCGCAACAACAUCGGCUGUCAGCUGUGCUUCGACACAGAUUGCAAGAAUGACGGCUACUGCUUUGACAAGGCCAACAGUUACGUGUGCGAGUGCCCCGCUGGCUACGCCGAAGAUGAUUGUUCCUUCAAUAUCGACGAAUGCGUGGACAACAAGUGUCAGAACGGUGCGACUUGCGUCGACGGCAUCGCUAAUUACACUUGCGUUUGCAACAAUGGCUGGCAGGGAUGGCUAUGCGACAGCGACAUCAACGAGUGCGUAACACUGAGUCCAUGCCAGCACGAUGGCGUGUGCGUGAACUUGCCAGGCCUGUUCAGGUGCGAGUGCCCAGACCAGUUCACUGGUCAGCUGUGCGAGAGCUUCCGUCUGAUCACUUGCGAGAACGAACCGUGCAAGAACAGCGCGACCUGCGUGGAUGUGCCGGACCCAAAGACCAGCUACAAUUUUACCUGCAAUUGCAUGCCCGGCUACGACGGUCCAAUUUGCGACACGCCCUACUGCAUUCGCAAAAAGUGUCAGAACGGCGGUAGAUGCGACUUCCUGUAUCAGAGUGCACCGAAGUGCACUUGCGCUCUCGGCUACUCUGGCAUGUACUGUGAAACAAACAUUGAUGAUUGCGCGCCCGAUUCUGAGAGCAACGUGCCCUGCAAGAACGACGGCAAGUGCUACGACGGCGUUAACAGCUUUACGUGCGAUUGUGAGGGCACCGGGUACACCGGUCCUGAUUGCUCCAUCGACGUGGAUGAGUGUAUGAUUCAGGACAUCGAUUGUGGACACGGCCACUGCAAAAAUCUUCCUGGAACCUACCAGUGCGUUUGCGAACCCGGUUAUUGCGGCUACAAUUGCGGCAUGGUGAAUCCCUGUCAGGAGGGUUAUUGUCGAAACGGUGGCACCUGUACGUGUGCCGAUGAUGGUUACCUGUGUGAAUGCACUCUUGAAUACACGGGACAAAAUUGUACAAAGCGGAAACAUUCACUGGGCAGUCAAGCUCUCGAUGUAGCCGUGAUCGUGGGUCCAAUUGUGGGUUGUUUCCUCCUCAUCGCUAUCGGCUCUCUCAUAGCGCUGUUCAUGAUGGCCAGGAAGAAGCGCGCGACACGCGGCACAUAUAGUCCGAGUGCUCAAGAAUUCAGCAAUCCGCGGGUGGAGAUGGACAACGUAAUGAAGCCUCCACCAGAGGAGAGAUUGAUUUAAUCGAUCGACGAUCGGAGAGACGUUACUAGGCUUACUGCGAAUGAACCCCGAUGCGGAACAGCGGAAAGUUUCCGUACAUCGAGGAUUAUUUGCAUGGCCCAGUCUCCCAGAAACGUGAUCACCGCGAAGUCUUUCGACUGAGAGAACACGUGGAUCAUUAGCGCGACGAUGCUUGCUCGAUGAACGCAAGAGUCGACAUGAAACGAUUAUUUAUCGUACCUUCUAGUCCUCGCUGCUUCAUUUUCGCAAAGAAUAGGCGAAUUGGAAAAGGAUUCAAUUGAAACGCAAAUUAUUCGUGCGGGAUUUUUUAAACAAUAAACUUCCAUAAAACUCGUUUGCAAUUCGUCUAUUGCUUGCAGAGCAUAAUCGUCAAAGAUUCCAAGAUUAAAUUUAACGAUACACAUUUCUGCAAAUAAAAAAAAAAAGACGUUUCUCAUGGCAAAUUUGUCGAAGAAGAAUAAAUAUCGAUUAAGUAGCGAACUCGGAGACUUGGCAUUACGUUGAGACAAACAUUGGGAACAACGGUUUGCCUCGAAGUUUUCCCAGCAAAUUUAUGUACUUCCUCGUGGCUGCAAAAUGUAUAGAGUGUCCCAAAGAAACCUACGUUGUGCGUACGAGGAUCUGUUCAAUAAUUUAAACUGUUCAAAAAGUAAAGAUCUCUUCAAUUCUUUAAUUGUAUCCAAGGGACCAACGACGAUAUCUGUUGACAUUCGAGCAAUUCCAAAUCCAAGGGUCCAAGAAUUUUCGAUUCAAGAAUUCAACAAAAGCACAUUUAAGAAUUUGAUGAUCUUUGAAUGAUAGGAUAUUAUUAUAGAUAAUUACGAAGGGAAGGAUCUAUUGGGAUACCCUAUAUAAAUGACGCGUGUAAUAAUAGAUUCGUAUAGGUUUAUGACGAAGUGUACUUAAAGCUCUCAGAAGUGUCCUUAAGACGUUAGCAAUACUCGAAGGAGGCAAAUCCGAGCAAACAGACCCGUCCAUUUUAGUGCCUAAUCUAUCAUACUUAAAGAGAUAUUAUUUAUAAGCACGCAGUAGCGAAGGAAGAAGAAAAGAAGGAGUAAACAAGAAAACAUUCCACGAAGCGUUUAAGAACGUGCUAGAUCUCCGAAAAUAAUGCAUAAUGUUCUUACGUCUGCGAAAAGAUAGACGAAUUAAAAGAAACUCGUGGAAACUCGACUUUUGCGAAUUCGAACUUCUAAUUCUCAAGUACCGGAUUAAUUAUAAAAUUGCAUAAUCCUAUUUUAUUAUUUUUUAUUCCAUUUUUAUAUAUUUUCACUUGCAAUUCUUCCUUUAAGUUACAAAAUUUUAAUCAAAUUUCCCCUUUAAUAUUGUCCCCUUCCUGCUCGCAUUAAUUCCUUUGGAUGCUAUUUCCAACAUUUUCUAUUUUUAAUUGUGAUCAUUAUCAGAUUUUAUUAAUUACCUCUUUUCUAAUUUAUAUUCUUCUUAACUUGAUUUUUCGUGUGCGUGUAUGCAUAAUGAAAGUCGCUUUUAAUUCGCCUAUUUACGCGUGUGUAUUACAUACACUGGAGCCCUAAAUGUCAUUAGGCAGCGACAUUUCGACUUACUACAAAGAGAUGAUAUCGUUGAGCUUUUUCGGCGCGAGCAAGAGAGAAUUGCUUACCCGUGCAGGAAAAGAUCGCGCGCCUGUUAAUUUUGUACAUAGAUAUUAGUUCGUAAAGCAGGAAGAUUAUUAUCGACUUUAUCAUACUUAAGAUUUUAUAUGACUCUUAGGUAAUAAUAUCGAACGUAUUAAUCGGUACGUAAUCAUAUUUACUACCACGACCAAAGUAGCGACGAGGCGAUAUUACAUUAUAGAAUCAUGCUCUGUAAAAAGCAUCUCGCGACUUUGUAAGCAUCUGAGUUUUUCAUAUACGAAGCACUUGUUCGUAAGACUGAAUUUUCAGCGUGAAAUGAGAAAAAUGAAUGGGUGACGGGAGAUCAAAAAGGUAGAUUGUAUUCGAGAGCUAUACAAAUUAAAUUAUCUAUCCUCCCACUUUUCUAAUUAUCACUUUAUUAUAUAGAAACACGCAAAACUGUAUAAGAAUUGCCUCGAAUUGACAUUUUCUUUUCUCAUUUUUUGGAGAAUGUUACCGUGUAAAAUUAUUGUUAUACCUAUUUUGCGAUAAGUACGUCUUAAAUCUUUGAAGAGUGGAGAGAACACGUAGUAGAUUUUUGCGCGAGCGUUUUACUCAAUAUGAUCGUAAGGAUACGCAAUACAACGUUAUUACGUAAGUAAGUUUAGCGACUCCAAGCGAAAAUAAUUAAAUGUACAAAAUCAAUAAAAACACGUAAUAU